AUGGCCAGCAAGAAGUUGCGCCCUUAUUUUCUGGCACACAAAUUAGUGGUAUACACAGACCAACCCUUGAAACAACCCCUUACUAAACUAGACGCUGCUGGGCGAAUGCUGAAAUGGGCAAUUGAGCUAAAUGCAUUUGAUAUCUCAUACGAGCCUCGAAAAGCUAUCAAGGGACAAGCAUUUGCUGAUUUUAUUGCAGAAAUGACGAGGCCGAAUUUUGAAAAGAAUGUGGCGACUCGCUGGACAGUCUACGUAGAUGGCUCGUCAACCCAGAGCGGGUGUGGAGCCGGCAUAAUAUGUCAGUCUCCUGAAGGAGACAAGUAUGAAUAUGCCAUGAGAUUCAACUUCCAAACGUCCAACAAUGAAGCAGAAUAUGAGGCUUUAUUAGCCGGUAUAAAAAUGUGCAAAGCCGCUGGAGCUCAAGAGAUACUGGCCUUCUCUAACUCUCAGCUCAUUGUGAGCCAAGUGAAUGGGGACUAUGAGGCGAGGGACCCUAACAUGAUCAAAUAUAUGCAAGCUGUGCAUCAAGAAGUAGAACAUCUAAAGAGCUUUGAAGCUAAGCAGAUUCCCAGAACGGAGAACAAUCAGGCCGAUGCCCUGUCGAAGCUGGCUAGCUCGGCUUCCUGUGAUACUCCGCGUCACGUGUUUUGGGAAGUAAAGGAUAAGCGGAGUAUUGAGCAGGAAUUGUGCGCUCCUACACUAGCUGUCCUAGAUCGGUCAUCAACAUGGAUGGACCCUAUCAUUGCUUACAAAAUGGACGGUACUCUUCCAGACGAUUCAAGUCUGGCUGCCAAAAUUCUCCUGCGGUGCGUCACUCCCGAGAAAGGAAAGGAAAUUCUAGACGACUUGCACCAAGGAUUAUGUAGUUCCCACAUUGGAGGAAGAGCCCUGGCAGAGAAAGCUUUGCGAACUGGUUAUUAUUGGCCCACUUUGAGAGAAGACGCCUUAGUCAUGGUGAAAAAAUGUGACAAGUGCCAAUGGUUUGCUCAUCUCAUCCACAGGCCGGCCCGCCCACUCACUCCUAUUAUGAGUCCCAUUCCGUUUGCCAAGUGGGGGAUGGAUCUGUUAGGGCCAUAUACAACGGCCCCUGGAGGCCGGCGUUAUGUGAUAGUUGCUGUUGAUUACUUCACCAAGUGGGUUGAAGCAGAAGCUCUCAAAAACAUAAAGACAAGUGAUUUUGAGACGCCUAAACUGAAGGAGUGGUUAGCAGAUCACGGCAUACACAGCUGUUUUGCCUCAGUAGGACGACCUCAAGCCAAUGGCCAAGUCGAAGCAUUUAACAAAAUCAUCUCCGAGGGGAUAAAGAAGAAACUAGAUGAGGCCAAGGGUCUAUGGGCUGACGAGCUGCCAAGCGUCUUGUGGUCCAUCCGCACCACUACCAAAAACUCAACCGGCGAAACCCCAUUCCUGUUAGCCUAUGGUGCAGAGGCCGUGUUGCCCAUAGAAAUGUGUGAACCUACACUAAGAGUCAUGUUAUAUGACGAGAAUGCCAACUGGGAAAUGAUGAAGCUGGCCCUUGAUUUUUUACCUGAAACAACGGUUGCUAAUGGUCCUAAUUGA